AAAAGACAAAGAUCUUAAUCAGUUCAUGUCGAACUGAUUCUUUUACUAGAUAACCUGAUUUUAUCUCCUCUUUUUGGAAGAUUCAGGAUCUAAUAUCCAGGAAAUGAUUUCUUUUGUGUAAAUGAUUUCGCGAUUUUGUUCAGGAGAUUAACACAACCCACUACAAUACCUUCUCCCCAUAUAAAAAUACUCAGGGCACAUUUAACAUGCUGUAUCUAAAUGUAGUAUUAACUUGAAAACAAGCAAAUUCAUUAUAAUUGGUAAACAAACAAAACUAAACUAAGGAAACACUCGCACCACAUGCAUUACCUUCAAAUUAAGAACCAAUUUUUACAUAUUAAAUGGUUUUAAACGUACAAUGUAACAUUAGAAGAAUAAGAAUCAGUGAUAGUCAGAACAAGAGCAUAGAACUUAUUUGCAACCUUUAACAAUGUUAACUGUUCCAUCUUAAAAUAGUCGGAUUUUACCAGAAUUAUUUUUACUAUAAUUUCUUGGGGUGCCCAUGGAACCUCACAAAUAUGAUAUAAUAAUAAUCUUAUGAUCUUUUUCCUCAUGAGAUUAUCAUAUUACAACUAUCAAUUGCCUACUAAAUAUAUAAUGAAGUAAUAUAAAACCGUAAAAUACAAAGUUACCGUACUUUAAAGCAAGGAAGAUACAUCUAGAGGCAGAAAUAAAACCCUGCCUGAGUAGCACUGAGUUUGUCUACAUUUUUCGCAGAAUUUGCAGUACACUUUGUUUGUAAACAAAUAGAUGGGGGUUCCUGGUGUAUAUUUCCUGUAUCAAAGUACUGUACUGCAUUGUGAACAGUAAUUUUCUGCAGCACAGCUCGGAGUAUACAUUCAGAAGUAUAAAUCGUUAACAUAUUGCAUAGUUAUACUAAUUUUGUGAUAUAAUUACAAGCUCUUGUGAUUCUGUAAAUUAAUGUAUAAUGUUAUAUUAAAUCUGAAAUCUAAAAUCACAGCAAAAAAAAUAAUUCGUUCAAUUUUCAGAUAAAAUGAGGUUUCAUUGUUUGUCGGGAAACCCAAACAAGCCCUGUAGUAUUAUACAGUUUAAACAGGCAACAAUCAUGUUAGAUUGCGGACUGGAUCUAGGAACCCUGGAGAACUAUCUACCUAUCCCUCUAGUGAGCAGUGCCAAGGUGUACUCUCUCCCCCAGUACUCCGGGGGGGACAACAACCUCGGCUCCGAGCUCAGGGAGAACAAUGGCAGAGUUUAUAUUGAUUCAGAACCAGAGUUUCUUCCUCCUACUUCAGAGUUCUUCAACUUCAGAGAUAUUGAUGUGAUCCUGAUCUCCAACUAUACUUGUAUGCUGGCUCUUCCCUUCAUCACAGAGAACACAGGUUUCAAGGGGAAAGUGUUCGCUACUGAACCCUCUAUCCUGCUGGGCAAAGUAUUUAUGGAAGAGAUGAUAGAGUUUCUGGACCGUGCUCCCAGGAUUAAUAAACCAGAUCGCUGGAAGCAAUUCCAUAAGCACCUGCCUCCUCCCAUCUGUGAUAUGAAGAACGUAAACCAUCUGAAGCAGUUGUACAACAAGGCGACCAUCAACAACUGUCUCGCCAACGUCCAGAUUGUCGGUCACAACGAGAAGACAGACUGUUUCGGACUUCUGCAGGUGACCCCCGUCAGCUCCGGGUACUGUAUUGGAUCCUGCAACUGGAUCCUGUCUACUGGAUACGAGAAGAUCGUUUAUAUCUCCAGCAGUUCAACACUCACAACUCAUCCUAGAGCCAUUGAUCAACUUAGUAUCAAGAAUGCAGAUUGUAUGAUAAUGACAGCUUUAACCCAAACCUCUGCUCUGAUGCCGGACCCCAUGAUUGGAGAUUUCUGCCGGAUAGUCUGUGAAACCUUGAAAUCCAACGGGAACGUUCUAGUUCCAUGUUUUCCUUCAGGGAUAAUCUAUGAUCUGUUUGAAUGUUUGGCUGGACAGAUGGAAAUGAAUGGAUUAACUACUAUUCCUCUUUUCUUCAUUUCCCCGGUAGCAGACAGUUCUCUAGCCUACUCGAAUAUAAUGGCUGAAUGGUUGAGUGGUGCUAAACAUAAUAGAGUUUACCUACCAGAGGAACCGUUUAUACAUGGAACCCUGAUCAGAAACGGAAGAUUAAAAAGUUUUGCUAAUCUCCAGGAUGAAACGAUAAACUCUGAAUACAGACAACCCUGUGUAGUAUUCUGUGGACAUCCAUCCCUUAGGUUUGGAGAUGCUGUUCAUUUUAUAGAGCUGUGGGGGAAUAAUUCAAACAAUCUUGUUAUAUUCACAGAACCCAGUGUUAACUAUCUAGAUGCUCUAGCUCCCUUCCAACCACUUCAGAUGAAGACCAUCAGUAAACCAAUUGACACAAGUUUAAACUUCACACAAGCAAAUAAACUCAUUUUGGAGUCAAAACCUAGAUGUUUAGUCAUCCCAGAACAGUAUUCUCAUUCAUCAUCCACACCUUCACUUCCGCACAGUUCUGAGAUCAAUCUUGAGCUUGGAAUCCCCACCUUCACUUACAACAAGUUUGAUAUUCUUAAACUCCCGCUCAAGAGAACCUACGAGAACCUGAGUAUUGACCCUGCGCUGGCCAGCACGCUCGUCCCAACGGAAGUUAGACCCGGAGUAGCAAUCGCUACAAUCACUGGAAACCUGGUGGUUAGAGAUAAUAGGUACACACUGCUACCCCUACCGGAGAUAAAAACUGAGAAGGACGGGAAAGGUCGACCAGUCCGACUCCGGGAGGAUUCUAAGACAGGGAUUCCUCUCAACAAGCAGAAACCUUGUCAUUAUCUAUACGGGAAACUAAACACAAAUCAAUUUGUUCAAUCCCUAGCGUCGCAGGGGAUUUCAGAUGCUAAGGUUGAAACUGGUCCAAAUGGUGGAUUUCCGGUUCAAAUACAUCUUCCGGCUGAGGAAAUACUAAUACAGGUAGAGGAGAAGAGUACACAUAUCCUGUACGACCAAGCAGAGGGCAGUACAGCAGCGGAUACAGAACGGCUGAGACAAAUUCUGAAAGAAACUUUGCUUACGUGUAUCUCAAAGUUCUAGGGAUUUUAUAGAAACCUCGGCCACAUUCAUCUCAAAGAUGUAAUGUCUUAGCGGAAACCUUGGCCACAUUCAUCUCAAAAAUCUAGUGUCUUAGCGGAAACCUUGGUCAUAUUCAUCUCAAACUUUAAUAGAUCACUAAAUAUCUCAAUACUGAAAGUUUUAUUGAAAAUCUAAAAUGCUUAAAACUUCAUGCCUUUGUUAAACAGAAACUGUGGUUUUCAACAUUUAAGUUAUAUUACUAAUUAUAAUACAAUGGUAAUCUUGUUCAGAACCUAGUAAUGUUUAAACUGAAUUAAUUUUUAAA